GGGUAAACUUUCCCCACCACGUCAUACUUCAGCAAAUUUACACAGAUAUUAUAUUGCGUCCCCUUUCCUUCCCCCCCCCCCUCCUUUUGAGCCAUUGUGCUUAACUGAAUUUUAUAAAGCUGAUCGAUAUCUUGGUAAAAUAUUCAUUUUUAAACUAGCGGGCAGCGAAAUCUUUGCUUUGUGCUAAAGUCAACAGUCGCAGAGUUUCAGCUCCAAUAAAUGCCGGGAUGCUCCCAGCUCCCGCAGAGCCGGGCCGGCGGCCGGGGCGCAGAAAUAGUCCUAAUCCUAUAUUUCGGCCGGAGAAAGUCCGCUUCGGCUCCGCACUAGACUAAUCCAGAAACCACAUAAAACCAGGAGCUGUAUUCUGUGGAACACCCCGAAAAUCCUGGGAUGGGCUCCAGAUAACGGGGACAGGUGUUUUUGCCCCCCCCGUGCACCUGAGCGGCCGGGACAGCGGGAGGGAUGGAACCCACCCGGGAAACGGGAAUGUGAGGACGGGAAAAGCUGCCUCGAGCCCGGGAGGGUGGGUUUUUUUGGGGGGGAGGUGAGUUGGAUGGAGGGCUGGAUGAAGGGAUGCAGGGAGGGAUGCAGCGUGCAGGGAGUGAUGGCGAGAUGGAUGCAGGGAUGCCGGGGAGGAUGGAUGGAGGGAUGGAGGGAUGGAUGGAGGGAUGGAUGGAGGGAGGGACGGACAGGGGUCCUGGCAGCCCGCAGGGCCUGGGCCCCCCCCCCCCGUUCUAUUUGCAGGGGCAGCUGGGUGUGGAAUUGCAGAGAAAGGAAAAACAUUAGGGGGGGAAAAGAAAAAGUUUUGGGGAAGCCGCGGCUGAGGCGGAGGCGGCCGCGGGGGGAGCGGGGCAGGGACGGGCUCCGGCCCCUCCGGGCACCGCCGGCUCGCUUUUCCUCUUCACCUUCCUUUUCUCUCCUCUCCUUCCUUUCCUUUCCUCUCCUUUCUAUUCCAUUUCAAUUUUUUUUUCCAUUUCCCCCCUUUCUUUUCCUUUCUUCUCUUUUAAUUCCCCCUCCCACUUUUCCCAUUUCUUUUCUUCACUCUUCCUUCCUUUCCCCCUUUUCCUUUCUUUUCCUUCCCCCCCUUGUAUUUCUUUAUUUUCCUUUCUUUCCUUAUAACUUCUUUCCCAUUUUCCUCAUUUCUUUUCCUUGCUUUUCCUUCCUUCCCCCUUUUCAUUUUCUUUUCCUUCCCUCCUUUCUUUCCAUUCCCCCUUUCCCCCCUUUCUUUCCAUUCCCCCUUUUCCCUUUCUUUUUCUUUUUUUCUUAUUCUUACCCCCCUUUUUUUUCCCCAGUUUCUUCCCUCUCUCACUUUCCCCCCCUUUUUCCUCCCUCUUUUUUCCCCUCCUUACUUUCCCCCCCAUUCUUUCCCUCCUAUCAGUUCCUUCCCCUUUUUCCCUUUUCUCUCCUUUUCCCACCAACCCCAACACCUUCCUCACAUCCCACCCCACUCCCUCUCCACCUUCUCCGUUUCCCCCAGGCCACGGAGCCCUUUUCCACGGGGAAUGUGGGAAAAGCAGGGAGCAGCUGUGAGGCUGUGGGCAGGGUCCCUCCCGCUGCUCCCACCUGCCAGGGGCUGGGGGGGGAAUCCUUGUCACUCCACAGAUUCCUGCAUCCACAUCCCGGCUGCCGGGAGCUCCCUACCUGUCCGUGCAAGGCCGGACAAGGAGCUCACCCUGCCUGGGGAAGGAGCAGCUUUCCACGGGGUUUGCUCCCACCAGCACUGAACAGAAUGAUCCUUUAUCCCUGCUGGAAAACAGCUGCCAAGCGCCCCAGCCGGCAGGAGUGGGAACGUGGGGGUUUUCUUUCCCGCCCCGGUUCCGAAGGCAGCGACACCGAGGGAUUUCAGAGACCUUGGAAUGCUUUGCCUGUCCCUGCCGGGCUCCCGCCCGGUGCUUCCGCGCCUGCCUGA